GCGAAAUGUCGCCUUAUUGUUCUUUUUUACUCGUACUUUGCUGUUUAAUAUUACCUCUAUGGGCGAAAAGGGGUGGGAGUACGGCUGGCAGAUCGAUCGGAAGUCAUUACCCUGCAUCCAAUGGACUCUCUGGCAACUCGUAUGUUCAUACUUAUCCUCACGCCCCACAAUCUUACCCUGGUGGGACUCACACCCAUAGCUACCCCCACACGCCGGGUCUCUCCGGGAACAAUCGCGCUACGCACGGUACGCGACACACAGCACAAGUGAAUCAUUAUCACUACUACCCACCGCAGCAGAUAAGCUAUGGCUCAGCCCAGCAUCCCGUGUUCCACGGACAACCCCCUGUAUACGUUUACGAGUACAGAAACUCCGGCAGUAGAUUUGAUAACCUAUUAACCGGUUUGGCUUUGUACAAUUUGGGCAGAAUGUCCUCUAACCAACAUGACCACUAUCACAACAGGGAAUACACGAGCAAUCCAGGCGAGAUAUGUAAACUAAGUAUUCAUAAAACGAAUGGAGAAUAUGAAGAAACUCGUAUAGACUGCAAACUGAUCUCCAGUUUUAUCUGGGACGCAGAACGUGAACAAAAGACAAUCACUAAUGUCACUAAAACUAUAAGCGUUAUCCAAAACGUGACGAAUGGAAAUUCGACGGUAUCAAUUCAGAACACAACAGUUGUUGACGCUCUCCAAGUCAAAGGGCCAUCUAUAAGUGUGACGCCAGGGAUGAGUUGCUUUAUGAUCCGGAUUUCCAGAGAUACUUCGAAGUUGAAGAGAAAAGUCGAAUGCGGUCUCUUGCAGGAAUACGCCACUAAAUCAUUAAGAUACAACAGUGGUUCGGGAAUAUCACCGAUGAUUUUAGUUUUAAUAUUAACAUUUAUAUCACUUCAGAUAUUAAAACCACAUUAG